AUGAACUAUAAGCCGUGGGCAGAUGCGCUCGAGAAGAAUAAUGUGCAACUAUACGACACAGCAGAAGGUAAAGAACCUAUUACGUUAUUAAUAGGAGCUGAUGUUGCAGGAAAAUUAUUCACGGGAAAAGUAGUCCAGCUGGAUGACGGUGCUACAGCCAUACAGACGAAACUCGGGUGGACCCUCCUGGGAAAAAAUCUGGUCGACACACGAGAAGAUGCUGCUCUUAUGGUCGUAUCCAUGCUAUCGCAGGAGGCAAGUGUAUCAAAUUUGUGGAAGCUGGAUAUCUUGGGGAUCGCAGAUCCUUUAGAGAUUAAAACCAAGGAGGCACAUCUAGCAGAUGUAAAGACAUUAUUUCAAGAUACGACUGGAAUCAAUGAAGAAGGACGUUACGAGGUUCUAUUGCCCUGGAAGGAAAAGCAUCCGUCACUCCCAGUUAACAGAGAUGUAGCGGAAAAGAGGUUAAUAUCUGUUACAAAAAAGCUGCGACAGGAAGAUUGGUACGAAGAUUAUGACGGAGUUUUCAACGAUUGGCUUUCCGAAGGCAUUAUAGAAGAAGUGCCACUUGAAGAAAUUGACAAUAAAGGAUUCUAUCUCCCCCAUAGACACGUUGUUAAAGAAGGAAGUACAACGGUAAUACGUCCAGUAUUUGAUGCUUCAGUCAAGAUGAAAGAUUCACCCUCGUUGAACCAAUGUCUGAAAACAGGCCCCAACCUCAUUGAACUCAUUCCGGCCAUGUUGCAUCGAUUCAGGGAAAAGAAGAUAGGAGUAUCAGCGGACAUAGCAAAAGCCUUCUUACAGAUAAGUAUCGCACCAUCGGACAGAGAUUUUCUACGAUUCUUGUGGUGGGAUACCUCGGAGAAAAUUAAAAUUUACAGGCAUUGUAGAGUGGUCUUCGGGGUAUCGAGCAGCCCUUUUUUAUUAGGAGCUACUAUUGGGCUACAUCUUCGACGAAACCUAGAAUUGGCCACCUCAUACAGAAAAUCAGUUUGUGAGAAAUUAGCCAAAUCAUUCUAUGUAGACGACUGUGUCACCAGCGUUGAUUCUUACGCCGACUUCCAGACUUUCAAAGAUGAAGCCACUUCUUUGAUGAGCGAAGCUAAAUUCAAUUUAAGAAAAUGGCGAUAUACCGGCAUGGAAGAGUCAGAUAGUCAGACUACGGUACUCGGUAUUUUAUGGGAUACGAAGACAGACACUCUGGCUUUAUCAGGAGCUUAUUUAGACGUACCGGAGAAGAUAACUAAAAGAGUCGUACUCUCAUCGGUGCAGAGAGUAUUUGAUCCCCUAGGUUUCAUAUGCCCUGUGCAGCUGAUACCGAAACUGAUGUUACGUCAAUUCUGGAGUCAACAUCUCGACUGGGACACUGAGAUUGAUGCAGAGAACAGAAGUAAAUUUCUAGAAUGGAUGCAGCAGUUAAAUUUACUUCGAGUCAUGAAGAUCCCUCGCUGGAUUUUUGGUGAGCAGCGGGAUGAGGAUUCUAUAUCCUUCCAUAUUUUUGUAGAUGCAAGCAAGGAUGCCUACGCCGCCGCUCUGUUUAUCAGAGUGCGAUCCAGAGCUGAAGUCAAGGUGCAUCUAGUUGAAGCAAAGUCAAGGGUAGCACCGCAAGGAAAGAAAACGAUACUCCGUCUCGAGUUACUGGCUGCUUCAAUCGGAGCAAGGAUGAUGCACUCCUUCGACAAAGCAAUGAAUUAUAAACAUAUUAAGAGAUAUUUCUGGAGCGAUUCAACGACCGUCUUGUCCUGGAUACGUCAAGAGAAGCAAUGGGCGGUAUUCGUAUGGAAUCGAGUCCAGGAAAUAAGGAAGCUUACUAAUCCAAAGUCCUGGAGAUAUGUGCCUGGAGCCCUAAAUCCGGCAGACUUGCCCUCCAGAGGCUGUAAUGCGAGGAAGCUUUUGGAGUCUAGAUGGUGGGAGGGCCCAGCAUGGCUAAAGUCACCACCCGAAGAAUGGCCAGCAGAAGAAGAAGAAGCCGAUGAAGCUCUAAUUAAUGAAGAACUUCGUAAAACUCCAACACAGUCAAAAAUUAAAGAAGAGACAUUUUCUGUGGUUGGGGGGAAUAUAGUUAUGAGUAACAUUACGAAGGACUCUACAGCACAAGGUGUUCCAUGGUAUUUACAAAGAUUUUCAUCGUAUUCCAAAGUUUUACGUCUGAUGGCAUGGAUGUCAAGGUUCAUCACAAAUUGCAAGAAGACACACACGAUCAAGGAUGAAGAGAUAACUGCGAAAGAAGUGAUUUCGGCUGAAUUGCUUUUGUGUCGAUUGGCACAGAAAGAAUCGUUCAAAGGAGCCAAAGAUCCGCGAUUACUAGAACUGGACGUCUUCGAGGAUAAAGGACUUUUACGCUCACGAACAGUGAUUUCUAAUCGGCAAGACAAUUUCAAUUUUAAGUAUCCAAUAAUUCUUGAUCCAAAGCACUUACUGACAGAGAAGAUUAUUCGUUACACGCAUGUGAAACUGAAUCAUGCGGACAUAAGCACCACUAUGAACAACCUACGAGAAAAGUUUUGGAUUCUUCAAAGCCGCAAAGCAGUACGUUCGGUAAUUCGCAAGUGCGUCACAUGUCGCAGAUACAGCGCAAAGAGAAUGGAAUCCCAGUCUGCGAUUUUGCCAGAGAAUAGAGUUAGAGACGCCGCUGCAUUCGAG